UGCAGGUGGAGACCCAGGGACGGUGGGCCUACGAAGGAGCCACAGGUCCAGAUCCGACUUUCCUGGGCUUUUGGAAGUGAGAGACCUUGGUUUCCACCACUGGUGACCCUCAGAGCUGGCUGGAGGAGGGAUUGGUGGUGGAGCGGGUAGGAGAGGCCUGCUGACUCCCACCUUUGCCUCACACUCUGUUGGAAGGCAGGCUUAAUGCCCCAGUGACAGUGGUUCCAUAUGUCAGAGGAAGGGAGAGGAGUUGACCACGGGGCAGAGUAAGGCCUGGGGCUCUAGGGGUGGGAGAAGUGAGGGACCCCUUUGCCUGACAACACUUUGCCACACUCCAGGGUUGGGUUCCUUGUGAGUCAGGGGAAGCACCUGGUCCACCUGGGCUUCCCUAACCCCAGGGUGGCCCCUUCCUGUAGGGGAGAACUGGCUGGAGGGGACUGCAGGGAGGCAGAGUGUCACAACAUGAUGGGAUGACAUCAGAAAGCAAGCAGGGACAGUGAGGAGCGGAACUGGGGCUGCCUGGGAGGGGCUUCUGCACUGGGGCCUACAGGAGGUUCAGGUGAGGUUCAGAUGUUGGCAGAAGCGGCCAUCCCCAUACCGGCCCUGCCCCUCCACCCCGGCACCCCACCUCCUGCCAGCUCUAGGCACCUGGUGACCACGCAGAGAUCCCUGAAGGCUGCUGAGACCUGGGGCCUUCACGAAAUUUAGCUGUGUCUGCCGUGGGCACUGGCUGAAGGGGAAGUGAGAAUCUGCUUCCGCCACCUGUGACCUAGGUCUAAUCUCAGCCCUGGCUGUGCUUUAAAAUUACUAAGCGUUCUCAAGCUUGGGCCACAGCCUCCUGAAGGUGGUUUGAGGGAGGUUCCUGCUCAUCUGUUUGGUCUACUGAAGCUCUGAAGGUGGUUCAAAUGCGCAGUAGGGUUGGACCUGAACACAACAACGCAACAAUUCUUUGCUUGCCAGCCCAUAAUUUCCUGUUUUUUGUUCACUCAAGUGAAUGAAAGUGAAGGUGGUUCACAGGCUGCCACAUGGGCGAAGGGCACUGACCCCCAAGUCCCACUUAUUCAGCCAGGCUUCGCACCUGCUCUGCCAGGCCCAGGCAUACCCUGGGCACACGCAGUGCUGCCCCCUGGUAGCUCUUAUCAAAUCCUGAUCUCUGGAGUCAUCCACCCGCUUUCUUUUCCUCACUGUCCAUAUCCAGCAUGCCUUCGAGAGCUUUCCAUGUGCUGUCCUUUAUGUACUAAUUUCCCAGGGUCUUGGUAAAGGGACUGGCAUACGGUUUGUGGCUUGUAACAGGUACUGCUUGCUGCCUGCUCGAUGUCGGGCCUGGUGCUCCAGGUGCAGGAGAUUUGGCUGAGUCCAGGAGGAGACCCAGGUUCUGCCGUCCUGGAGCUUUUAUGCAGGGAGGAGAGUGACAGGUUACUCAGUUCCCAAGACAGCUGACCAGCCCAUGUCUUCUGGAAAUGAUACAUGAUGUCCACAGGGUCCCCAAACUCUUCACAUCCUUCCAGGGACAAGGAAGCACAUUCAGGAACCCCUGAAAGCCUUAAACCCUGUUUUACAUCCUGUCUCCACCACUCACUGGUCAUCAGCCAAGGACUUACAGUCCCUGAGCCUCAAUUUCAUUAUUUGUAAGCUGGGAUAAUAAAUCUCUUUAUAAAGAGUUCUUGCAAGGAUUUUCCGGGUAGAUUUUGUAACGGCUGUCCUGGCACAGGAGGGAACUCAGUGAAUGAAUGAAAGGGAGAAGGUAGCAACUGGCCCUGCAGAAUAUUGUGGUAUCAAGAUGAGAAUGGCCAACGUGAUUGUCAGCGGGUAAGGAGGUAGUUAUGUGCCACCGUGAUAGAUCUUUUAUUUUAGGGUAAGAACAUGAAAUAUAUUGUUAAGAUAAUGAAUGAAAGCACCAACUUGUUUGGGCUCCAGUGCUGCUGCUGCUGCUGCUCUUCAGGGAGAUGGGUACUGGGGAUCAGACCCAGGGGCUCUUUACCACUGAGUUACAUCCCCAACCCUUUUCAGCUUUUACGUUUGAGAUAGGGCCUCGCUAAAUUGCCCGGGCUGGCCUUGAACUUCUUGCUUUGCAAUUCUGCUUCAGUCUCCGGAGUCCCUGGGAUUACGGGCGCGCCCCACUGCAUCAGGCCUAACUGGUUCUUUCUAGCUGUGUGGUCUUAGGCAAGUUACUUUACCCCUCUGUACCUCAACUCCAUCUGGAGUCUGUAAUGUGGAUGUGAGUGAAUGCGAGUACCUGUCUCGGGCUGCUUUUGAGUGCUGAAUAAAUCGUUAGGUGGAAUGCGCUUAGAGUAACUUCCUGGCACGGAAGGGCAAUGUUAAGUUUUAGGACAAUUCUCAUUCUACCUUCCACACAGCCAACAAGAAAGGGCCGUGGGCCGCCACCUCCCAUCACUGGUCACACUCAUGCAGACCUUUUGCUUGCAGGUGAAAUGGAAAGCGGACGAGCGCGCAAGCGCAGUAGGGCAAAGUGGUGCGGGCAGCCGAACUGGGCGCCAUCUUGAUACAGGGCAACGUCGGCAGUUGGUUUGCGUCAUCCGUCUGCGCGACGGGCGGGUUUUCGAUGGUUCAGGUCACUUCGGGAACAGUGGUCCGCGACGGGAGCUGCGGAAGAGCGUGAUGGGGGAGGUCGUGGCCGCCGGGCCUUGCCCGCUGCGGGAGGACAGUUUCACGCGCUUCUCGUCGCAGAGCAAUGUGUACGGGCUGGCCGGCGGCGCGGGUGGGCGCGGGGAGCUUCUGGCCGCCACCCUUAAAGGCAAGGUGCUCGGCUUCCGCUACCAAGACCUCCGACAGAAAAUCCGGCCGGUGGCCAAGGAGCUGCAGUUUAACUACAUCCCCGUGGACGCAGAGAUUGUCUCCAUCGACACCUUCAACAAGUCACCCCCGAAGCGGGGCCUGGUUGUGGGGAUCACUUUCAUCAAGGAUUCAGGGGACAAGGGCUGCCCUUUCCUUAACAUUUACUGUGACUACGAGCCUGGCUCUGAGUACAACCUUGACUCCAUUGCCCAGAGCUGCCUGAACCUGGAGCUCCAGUUCACACCUUUCCAGCUGUGUCACACAGAGGUCCAGGUUGGGGAUCAGCUGGAGACUGUGUUUCUCCUGAGUGGGAACGACCCAGCCAUUCAUCUCUACAAGGAGAACGAAGGGCUGCAUCAGUUUGAGGAACAGCCUGUGGAAAACCUCUUCCCAGAGCUCACGAACCUGACCAGUAGUGUCCUCUGGCUUGAUGUCCACAACCUCCCCGGCACGUCCCGGCGCCUCUCUGCACUCGGCUGUCAGAGUGGUUACGUCCGUGUGGCGCAUGUGGACCAGCGGAGUCGAGAGGUCUUGCACACGUGGACGGUCCUGCAGGAUGGCCCCAUCUCCCGAGUGAUCGUGUUCAGCCUCACAGCCCCCGAGGAGACCAAGGACAGGCCGCGGCAGGAGGAGUACAGCGUGCUUGUGGCCAGCAUGUUGGAACCAGCAGUGGUGUACCGGGAUCUGCUGAGCCGGGGCCUUGAGGACCAGCUUCUCCUGCCCGGCAGUGACCAGUUCGACAGCGUCCUCUGCGGCCUGGUCACCGAUGUGGAUCUAGAUGGACGACCGGAAGUCCUGGUGGCCACCUAUGGACAGGAGCUGCUCUGCUACAAGUACGGCGGCCCCGAGGCGCCGCUGCCUGAGUCACGGCCCGGCUUCCGCCUGCUAUGGCGUCGGAGCUUCUCCAGUCCCAUCCUGGCCAUGGCGCACGUGGACCUGACGGGCGACGGGCUGCGGGAGCUGGCCGUGGUCUCCCUGAAGGGCGUGCACAUCCUGCAGCACAGCCUGAUCCAGGCCUCCGAGUUGGUGCUGACCCGGCUUCGGCGUCAAGUGGAACAGAGGAGACGGCGGCUGCGGGGGCUUGGGGACAAGUCGGGCCCAGGGCCUGCUGAGACCCCAGCCUCCUGAGCACCUGCCUGUCCAUUCUUCCUUCACCUGAAGCAGUUCAUGGGCUCCUCUCCAGCCACCAAUGGGAGGAGGCGUCUCAAGAAGAGCAUGGCCCUCCCAGGUCCCCCCAGGCGGGACAGCGCGAGUUUCUGUCCCCACAUGCCCUGUGACCCCAGUUUACUGCUGCGCUCUCUGUGCCUCCACAUCCCACCUGAAAAUGGGUGAUCCCGCCCACCGUCACCACCGCUGUGAGCACUGGUCACCAACAGUUACCAUAUGUCCACAGAAACAAAGCUUUCACGGUGGUCCUCA